UUGUAAAAGCAUAAAAAAGUCCCUGCUAUCGAAGCUCUACCACCUCCAUCAGCAGGCGACGGCAAAAAAAUCUUGAAAUAACAAAAUGGCUUCAUUCUUGGCACGAACUGGCGGCCCCCUGAUCGAAGCCGUUAGGCCAGCGGCCGUGAAAAAGAUUCUUGGCCUGGCUCCCAUCGCCGUCCAGCAGCUGAGGAACCUCAAUGUCCAGGAACACGUUUCCUACAGUCUGCUCAAUGAGGCCAAGAUCCCAACACCUCGUUUCGCUGUUGCCAAGAACGGCAAGGAGGCCAACGAUAUCGCCACCAAGCUGAAGACCGAUAACCUGGUGCUGAAGGCUCAGGUUUUGGCCGGAGGACGAGGCAAGGGAACCUUUAAGAAUGGCCUGAAGGGAGGUGUGCGAGUGGUAUACGAUCCCCAGACCGCUGAGGAACUUUCAGGCAAGAUGAUUGAUCAGCUUCUGGUCACCAAGCAAACUGGAGCAGCCGGUCGCAUCUGCAAGAAGGUGAUGGUUGCCGAAAGGAAGUUCCCCCGCCGUGAGUUCUACUUCGCCGUGAUGAUGGAGCGUGCCUUUAACGGUCCCGUGCUGAUCGCCUCCAAGGAGGGUGGUGUUGAUAUUGAGGAGGUGGCUGCCAGCAGUCCAGAUGCCAUUCUGUACGAACCCAUCGAUAUUGGCACUGGUUUGACCAGUGAACAGGCCGAAAAGAUCGUCAAGAAGGUUGGUCUGGGCGGCGACGGCGAGGACACACAUGUCCAGAUGCUGUUGAAUCUGUAUGACCUGUUCGUCAAGAAGGAUGCCCUCCUGGUUGAGAUCAACCCCUAUGCCGAGGAUGCCAUGUCCGGCUUCUUCGCAUUGGAUGCUAAGCUGCGAUUCGAUGACAACGCCGAGUUUCGUCAGAAGGAGCUGUUUGCGCUGCGCGAUUGGACCCAGGAGGAUCCCAAGGAAGUCGAGGCUGCCAAAUACAAUCUGAACUACAUUGCCCUGGAUGGCACCAUCGGCUGCAUGGUGAACGGCGCCGGUCUGGCCAUGGCCACCAUGGAUAUCAUUAAGUUGUAUGGUGGUGAACCGGCCAAUUUCCUGGAUGUCGGUGGUGGUGCCACUGCCGAGGCGGUCAAGGCCGCCUUCAAGAUCAUCACUUCCGAUCCGAAGGUGCUUUGCAUUCUGGUCAACAUCUUCGGUGGUAUUAUGCGAUGUGAUGUCAUUGCCGAGGGUAUCAUCUCCGCCACCAAGGAUCUGAAUCUGAACAUGCCCGUGGUUGUGCGUCUUCAGGGAACCAAAGUCAAGGAGGCCCGCGAACUGAUUCGCACAUCUGGACUGAAGAUUCUGGCCCGCGAUGAUCUGGACAAGGCUGCCGAUCUCGCCGUGCACUUGGCGCAAAUCGUCAAACUGGCCCGCGAAAUGAAGAUGGACGUGAACUUCGAGAUUCCCGAUGCCCAAAAGUAGAUAGCUCCAUCAGUUACCGGCUAAGUCAACACUCAUAAGCACACGCGGACACAAAAUGAAAGUCGACAAAAAAGUAGAACCAAAACCCAACAUUUACUCUAGCCACACGUAAACUACUCAAUGAAACUAUGCCAUCGGUUCGUAGUUAGAGCAUUAUGUAUUCGUAACGAUCGGUCGAACAAUUGAUGAAUUAAUUUUGCAAAAAUGUUAAGUUUAAAGCUGUUUAAAGUCCUAAGGAUAUGUCAUAGAUAAUUCGAAUAAUCGAGCAAGUUGAGUGUUCUCUUUGCACCUAAACAAUUUCUAUAUUGUAUCUUAAAUAGUCAACAUUAAUUGCACGUGAAUAAUAGAAAAUGGAAAUGAAAAUACGUUUUAAUUGUGAUUUUUGCAAAAGUUCAUUUAAAUUUUAUUUAUUGAAACGCGACGCUGCUUCUAAAGCAGAUGCAUCAUCUUGUGUAUUAUGCUAUUUAGUUUGCUUUAAAUUAAAACACCAAACAAUCAUAAA